AACAAACGUCAUUUGAGAAACAUUAAAAAUAGUUCUAUGAGUACGCAAUUGGACAAAAUAAUAAACAAAGCGCAAUUAAUAACAUAAAACUAAACUAAAUUAUUAAAACAAAUUGUCAUUAUACCAAUUAAAUGUUUUCCGCAACCUCCACACCUUUAAGGACACCAACUAAGGAUCAAAAUGCCAAUAACAGCAGCUCGAGUAAAGAGCAUGACAAUUCUUCAGAAAGCAGUAAUACCUUUCCAUAUCCAGCUUGCUGGAAGGAUGAUGCCCGCAUGAUUGUGCUAUUAUCACAAUUUCGUGUGCGUGAAGUGAAUCCAGAAAACUACGAUUCAAAAUUAAAAUUUUGGCAAGAUAUGAUUGCGCUGUAUUGCGAACACACAGGCACUGGCUGCUUUUGCAAACGCGAUCUGCAACACACAUUUGCGCGCGGUGAUCGCAUACCCUCUGGGCUGGACACAGUUUUUAGCGAGAUGCUGCAUGCCAAGAAAAUACGUACACGUGCUGACUUUGAAUAUGAUCCUGAGAAUACAUGGAGCGGUUGGGCAAUGAAUAGUUUUGUAAAGCGUCCAAUAUCGUGGGGUUGGCAAACCUUGAAGAGCAAAGUGGGACUGCAGGCAGUGCGCGAUGCAGGCUUAUUGGAAUAUGUGCACUUAGAGGUUAUGAAGAAAUUUUGCAAAGAAUUGCAACAAAAUGUGCUGCUAAAGCAUGAGGGCGAACUGCUGCAUUAUGAAAACUUCAGAGAACUUUCGAAUGCAGUUUUGGCACUUAAAGAAGAUUGCCUACUUUUAUGUCUGCACGUGCUGCAUUGUCAACGCAAAAUUGGACUAGAGUAUAAAACAGAGGAUAAAGAACAACAACUACACUUGAUCAAAAUACCUGCAAAAACUGAUACAAGCAUUGAAAUCACUGAGACUGAUCGUGCCAUACACAACCUUAAAAUGACACAAGCCAGCCUGCGCACACAAUUGGAAAACUUGGAGGAGGAUUUAAAGGAAAAUGAUGAGAAAGCACGUCAAUAUAUAAAAGAGAACAAACGUCAAUUGGCUAAGACUUAUUUGCGCAAGAAACAUUUAAUCGAGAAAAAUCAUGAAAAACGUAGCAUAGCUUUACACAAUAUCGAAACGCUCAUCACUAGCGUCGAUGAGGCACAAAGUCAUGGCCAAAUACUGGAUGCUUAUAAGAUUGGCUCCAAGGCAUUACAACAGGCGCUUAACGAUUCUGGUUUGAAAUACGAUAAUGUCGAUGAAGUUAUUGCCGAUGUGCGUGAUACCAUGGAAACACACCAAGAGUUACAGGAUACACUGGCCAAUGUCGGUAUAUCAGAUAUUGCCGCGGGUGGCGCCGAACUCAAUGACAAUGAUGCUUUGGAACGUGAAUUACAACAAAUACUCGGGCAAACGGGUCAAACGCCUGUCAAACCCAUAAUUACAAGUGAUAAUAACAGGUUAAGCAAGUCAACACCCAGCAGUGCACCGAAAACUCAAAUAACCGAUGCAGAACUUUUGGCUAUGUUGGAGGGGCUGGAAGUUGAAGAAGGUUCACCGCAUAAAAGCGUGGCGAGCGUACGCACUGCUGUUGGUGAAUGAGUGACCCAACAACAAUACGUUGCUAUUAUAGUAGGAAGUUUUUAGAAAAAAAAUAUAUUUGAUUUAAAAUAAGGGGGAAUGUUUUUAAAUUGUUUAUGUUGUAGAAAAAUAAAUGUCAAAAUUAAAACAAAUUUAUUGUAAUUUUUA